UGCCGGACGUGUUUGAGCGCGACGGGAUGCUCGUCAUGGAGGUGGAGGAGGAGGACUGGCCCCUGGGGUACGACGCCGUCGACGGCGGCUCCACCGCGUCGGUCGCCGCGAUCGUCGACGGCAGAACGCUCGUCUAUGCUGCGGUCGGCGACUCUGCAGGCAUCCUCGCGCAACCCGGCAACGGCGAGGCAAAGGUCGAGGAGCUCGUGGCGGAGCACGCGCCCGUGCGGCUGGACGAGUGGGUCGCGCGGCUGCACAGCACCGGCAUCGAGGUGGUCUACGACCACCCUGACAUGUUCGAAGGCGAGGACCAGCUCUUGCGCGUCUUCGACCGCGACGCGACCGGCGCGUGGCGCCUCUCGGAGGAGGCGCUGCGCCGCGCGGACGAGAUGGGCUGCGGCUUCAAGACGGAGCGAGGCGACCGCAGCGCGGUGCUGAUGACGCCCGAGGAGGGACGCUUCUCGCAGAUGAUGCUCAACGUGACUCGCUCGCUCGGCGACUUUUACCACGGCCAGUACGGCGUCACCUGGCGGCCGGAGGUGGUGACGCGCGACUUGGCGGAGGAGCUCGGCCCGGGCGGGAGGGCGGUGCUCUGCGUCGCGAGCGACGGCGUGUGGGAUCUGUGGACGUUCGAGGAGGCGAUGGCGGACUUGCUCGACGGGAGCGCGCUGCCGGCGGCGCAGCCGGCCCGGCGCAAGCUCGUGAUGGACUUCAUGGAGAACUCGCGGAAUAAGGGGUACGACGCGUUUGGGGACAGCGCCGACAACCUAACGGGCAUCGUGGUCUACAUAGAGACGUGACAGGCAGAGGGGGGGGGGGGGGCAUGGGGGCGGCGGCCUCGCACAGGGCAGUGCCGCGGCAUCGGGGACACGUCCUGUCAUGCGAUGAGGCGAGAGGAUCAGGCUCGCUGGCCGGCGCACAGAGGCAGCCAAGACGCCGCGUGUAGAGAGACUUGCGCAGGAGAACCGCCUUAUUCGCUCGGAUGCUUCAACGCCUCGAUCGUGUCGAGCCACGAGAGCCUCUCGGCGACGGUCUCGUGUCGCUAGACGCUAGUCGAUUUAAUACAUGUACGCAGACGUGUGCAUGUGGCGUCGUCAAGAGUUCAGAAACUCGUCCUGAGUCAAAAAAACUGUUCGGUUUUU